UGACAGCCUACUGCCUUCAGGGAGCGUUCACUCGCUGCAGCUCAAGGUCUGAGACUAAUUUGCCCAGGCUACGUUUGGCUUACAGCUUCGCUAUAUAAGUUAAUCAAACAUAAAAUAUUAAUUGGGUUAUGUUCCAUAUGUGUAGAAACAUCAAUUUAUUUAGCAAAUAUGUCGUAUUCAACAUUUAUCUUAAACUUGAUUUUAUGUUGGCCGUCCGUGACUCUAAUUUUGCUAUCUUAUCUAUCUCUAACUCGUUCGUUUAAUAAUGCAAUUAUUUUCAGUCGUGUUAAAUCAUAGUGCCAGGUUUAUGUCCUAUUUGUCUCCAAAUAAGCCUUCACCAUUUGGUUCCGUAGCCACAUAGCCUAUGCUCCUUCUCAUAAGUUUCGUUUCUCUCCAUGCGCAGGCAGUGGUCAGGCGCACACAACCGGACAACGCACACACAAUGGCUGAUGAUAUGCUAUCACUACUCAGUCUAGAGGCUGAGCUCACAUGCAGCAUCUGCUUGAAUACUUUUGAGAACCCCGUUACACUACCCUGUGGUCAUAACUUCUGCCAAGGCUGCUUGGAUGAGAGCUGGAAAGAGAGUUUUAUCCUGUUCUGCCCCCAGUGCAGACACCUUUACCCAAGUAAACCCGAGCUGAAGAAAAACACGGUACUCAGCGCCGUUGUUGAGACUUUCAAAAAGAAGGCAUCACCAUUGGGAUCAGACUAUGCAUUAGCCAAGACGGAGGAAAUAGAGGUUAUCAAAUGUGAUACAUGUAUGACGGCUAAAGCAUUUAAAACUUGCCUUACGUGCAUGGCCUCUUUCUGUGAAGAACACAUCAGACCGCACAUGGAAAACCCUAUUUUCCGCCCGCACCAACUGACCAAUCCGCUAGGAGACCUCAGGGGGAAGAUUUGCCAGGAUCACAACAAGAUCAUGGAGUUUUUCUGCCAGAAACAUGACUGCUGUAUUUGCGCCAUUUGUCUGCAGCAGUUUCAUCGAGACUGCGAGUACACCACACCACAAGAGAGACGGGCAAAGAAAGAGUCUAAAAUGACGGAUAUGUUACGUGUGCUGGAUAGAAAGAUUGAUAAGAACAGCCUUGUGAUGGCUCAAAUUACGGAGCAGCAGUUGCAAUUACAGGAUGAUGCUUCUGCCCGAAAGAAGAUGAUGAGCACAGAGUAUCAGUUCAUAAGGCAUCUGAUUGACAAGGAGGAGCAGGAUGCCUUGAAAGCUGUGGACAAGGACUUGGAGAGUGGUCAGACCAGGAUUCAGUCUCUCAUCAAGAAGUUUGGUCAGAAUGUGGAGAAGAUGUCUGCAGUCAAAAUGGAGCUCAACAGCCUUCUGUCAAGAGCAGAUUCAUUGUCUUUCUUGCAGGCUUCAACACAACUGGCCUCCAGUGCUAUAUUUGACCCCUACUGCCCCCAUGUGAACAUGGAGUCCAAGGCUUUGAUGGCUUACCACUCCUCCGCUGUCGCUAUGAAGGAGCUACUGAGCAAAAUCCUGACUCUAUCAGCAGAAAACCGAUUUUCACUUCUUAAACCAGAGUGCAUUGGGAUAUUUUAUAACCUUGUCGACAGGACAAGCGCCCGUAGGAAGGGGAAUGAAGACGCGACAACUGGAGAGGGGGGAACACCGAACCAACAACACCCAAUUUUUAACCUCUCCAAUGCAGAACUCUCCUCUGAACAGUGUAGUCUAAACAAAGCAGGAGCUCACAAUGUCAGUAUUCCUCGUGACAUCUCCACUGCCGUGAAAAGGAGUGACCUACUAAAAUUCAGCACAGUCCUCAAGCUGGACCCCUGGACGGCCCACAAGCGCAUCGUCCUCACCGACGACUUCACCAAGGCAUCGAUGGCCGAGGAGCCGCGCCACUACCCCGACGGGCCCAAGCGCUUCGUCGUCUGCUCACAGGUGCUGUGCUCGCAGGGUUUCCUGCAGGGCCACCACUACUGGGAGGUGAAGAUCAGCAGGACCAAGUCCUGCGGCCUGGGCCUGGGGCUCGGCCUGGCCUAUGGCUCCAUCGACCGCAGGGGCCCCGGCAGCCGCCUGGGUCUCAACAGCGCCUCCUGGUGUAUAGAGUGGUUCAAUGACAAGCUGUCGGCGUGGCAUGAUGCCGUGGAAACGGUGCUGGGCGUCCCUGGCCCCUCCCAUGUGGGUGUGCUGCUCGACUGCGAUGGUGGCUCCGCCACGUUCUACGCGGUGGCCGACCGUGCCUUCCCCUUGUACACCUUCGUGUUCCCAUUCAAGGAGACGGUCUACCCGGCCUUUUGGAUCUUCUCUGCCGGCUGUUCCAUCUCGCUGUGUAAGCUGACCUCCUAAGAUUGAUCUCCAAUUUAAAUUAUGGACAAAGUGCAAAUUCCUAUGUCAAGCUCAAACUAAUUUAAUAACUAGAUGUACCGCAUAGCGGUACCAAAUAUGACAACUGCUCAGUCCUGUACAUCCUCUCUGCGAAAAUAAAUCACGCUUGUCAAUUUAUCUUUAUUUUAAGAUGACUUUAGUUAGUCAUCUUCUUGUGUGAGAUUAAAAUAGAAGCAUAUUAAACUAUCGUUAGGCUGCAGAUGUUCGAAAUGUGUAAGUUCGAAAAGGCUCAUGGGAUGAGUAGUUCCUUCUCUCGGAAAUUAAAAUGUGUACACAGUCUUGUACCUUUUCCUUUUUUCUUUUUUCUGUCAGUUUUUUUGCUCGACGUGAAAUGUAUGAUUCACGAGUCACGUCAUAGCUGGUCAACCUACAGUACAGGCCAAAAGUUUGGAGACACCUUCUCAUUCAAUGCGUUUCCUUUAUUUUUUGAUGA